AUGUCUUCGUCGCAAGUUGAUACCGAGAAAUUUUCAACAGAGCAUGUUGAAAGUUCUUUCCCUGAUGGCUCACAGGAAGACCAAUUUGCUGUAAAGGCUCUUCAAGAGUCUGAUUUGACGUCGACUCACAGAGAGUUUCUUAUUUCCCGUCAUGGCUCCGUUGACCUUGACCCGUUACCUUCGGGCGACCCUUCUGAACCAAUAAAUUGGCCAGAUUCCACCAAGAUGUGGCAUUUGAUUUUAUUAUCCUGUCAAGCAUUUACUUGCACCUUUAUGUCAGCUGGUAUCUCCCCAGCAUAUAGUGCGAUGGCCUUGCAGUACGGGAAAACAGUAGAUGAUUGCUCCUAUUUAACGACUGCACAGUUGGUAUGUUUGGGGGUAGGUCCAUUAGUUUGGUAUCGUCUUAUGCAGGUUUAUGGUCGGAAGCCAGUUAUGGCAUAUGCAACUUUUGGGGCAAUGGUGACCAACAUCGGAGGUGGAUUUUGCAAAACUUAUGGGCAGCAAAUGGCAACUCGAGUUUUGAAUGGAAUUUUCCUUUCACCUGCGUGUGGGCUUUGCGGUGAUUUCGUUGCCUCUUUGUUUUUUGCUCACGAAAGAGGUGUCAAGAAUGGUUUGUGGUCCGUUUCAGUUAUUAUCGGAACUCCAAUGGGUCCGUUUCUUAUGGGGUUCGUUGUUCAGCAUGUUGGGUUCAAGUGGAUAUACUUUAUAUUCGCUAUAUUCAACUUCUUACAAUUCGUGGGCUGGGCGAUUUCCAAAGAAACCUUGUACGAAAGAAACGACCAAAUGGCUAAAAGAGAUUGGAAGUCGUCUUUGUACAUCAAGAAGUACCCAAACAAGUCUUUCAGAUUUAUGGAUAUCUUCAUUCCCUUGAAACUCUCUAAAAAUUUCGUGGCAGCUGCUAUCACGUUCGCCAAUUCAGUCGUCUUCUGCUAUGCAAAUGUGGUGUUUAUAGUUGAGACACCUUCGAUUUAUGGACGGCUGUUUGGGUUAGAUUCUCAGCAAACAGCAUUACAAUAUAUUCCCCUGAUUGUUGGUACAGUCAUUGGAGAACUGAUUGCUGGAAAAGGGUCGGAUAUAUGGAUGGAGAGGUGUGUACGCAAGAGGGGUGGAGUGAGGGUUCCAGCAGAUAGGCUGAUUCUGAGUUACCUAGGCAUUGUUUGCACAAUUGCGGGUUUGAUAGUAUGGGGAGUCUGUCUCAAGCAAGCAACUCCGGGUGUAUGGAAUGUAAAGCCGUCGAUCGGAACAGGUGUGGCAGCAGCUGGAGCAGAUAUCGUUCUGACCAUCACAAUCACCUUUCUUGUGGAUAACACUCCCUGGGAAGCAAACAAUAUAGGCCUUUUCCUUCCAAUGUGCAGGCUGAUUUUAGGUUUUAUCAGUCCCUUCUAUUUCCCAAAAAUGUUUGAGAAUCUGAAUUAUGCUGGAUCGGCCGGAUUUAUGGCCGGCAUGUGCCUUGUUGCAGGAAUUGUCAUUGCAAUUGUCCAUUUCCAACAGCUAAGGCGCCUGAAAAAAUGA